CCCUACUUGGAUGGAGAGUUUGGGAAAGACAGUCCAAGAAGAGUUUCCAUUGGCUAAUCGAUCAGUUAAGCCACUCCCACAGCCGUCGUCAUAAACACGGAAUCAGACCCUGAUCAUCAGUCUGGAGAAGAAGCCGCUGGAUGAGGAAGAUCCAGAAGAAACAGCUGAAAGAUGGAGUUUGAUAAAGACAUGAGAGACUCAGAAACAUGCAGAACGACAGAUGAAGAAAAUGAGGAGGAAGAAGACCUGAUGGAAGAAGAAAGUGAAGAUGAAAGUGAAGAAGAAAGUGAAGAUGAAAGUGAAGAUGAAAGUGAAGAACUGAGUGAACAGGAAGAAGAACAUCUAAAGAAAUCUAAAAAGAACUUGUCACGAAAAAGAACAGGAGGUAAACAUUCAUGCACCUGCCUUCAGUGUGGAAAGAGUUUCGCAUGUAAAGCAAGCCUUAAGGAUCACACAAGGAUUCACACUGGAGAGAAGCCUUACACAUGCAAUCACUGUGGAAAUGAGUUUAGAUUCAAAGUAACCCUUAAAGAACACAUAAGGAUUCACACUGGAGAGAAGCCUUACAUAUGCGAUGGAUGUGGGAAGAGUUUCAGACACAGAUCAAGCCUUCGGGAGCACACUAAAAUCCACAUCGGAGAGAAGCCUUUCACAUGCCUGCAGUGUGGGAAGAGUUUUACACUUAAAUCAUACCUUAAUACUCAUAUAAAAUCUCAAUCCAGAGAGAAGCCGUUCAUCUGUCCUCAGUGUGGAAAAGGUUUUAGUCGGGCGGCACUCCUGAAAAUCCAUGAGAGCAUCCACAGCGAAGUGAAGCCGUAUCACUGCGCUCCAUGCGGGAGGAGUUUCAGCCAAAUAGCCGCCCUUCAAAGACACUUGAAAUCUUUCAUACAUAAUAAAUACAGACCCCUAGAAAAAUUCAUGCUCCAAACUGUAGCCUCAGGUCAUGGUUUUCCCUCAGGAGCAAAUGUGUUCGAAAAGAGCAAUUCACUAAAACACAUUACCUGCAGUGAGAACGGCAGUACAGGGACAUGAAUGUAUUAGUUCUUAAAAUUUAAACAUGUCUGGUGCUGUGAAGGUCAGGAUUAACAGCUGUCAUGUUUCAUUUGGUGUUUUCAUUUAAUAAAUACUGUUUUACGUCUAGAUCAGGGGUGGGGAACUUUGGCCUUCAAAAUCCACUUUCCUGCAAAGCUUGCCAUAGUUACUCAUUUGUUAAUUGAUUAGCCCCACCUGUUCCUUGUUCCAUUUAGGGUGUGUAUUUAUACCCUGCUUGAUUUGGUUAUUUGUUCUCAUCUAUAUGUUUUGGUUCACUGUGCUUCUGCAUUUUUCCAGUGUUCCUGAGUGUUUUGUUUUUUUAUUUUAUAAAUACCACUUUGUCUCAAGAUCUUCAUCUCUCCUUGUCUUGCACCAACCGUCACAACAACAUUUGAGGAAAACAGAAAAUUAUGCAGACAUAUUUUUUUUGGCCAGGCUGUCAUAUAUGGAAAUUAUGAAUGAA